AUGCAUGCUGCUGUGGGCAGCAGCUCUGGAGGCAGGGCGGAGCAGCAGCAGCUCCAGUGCCGAUCCCUGCCUUCGCGCCUCCGUCCUCGCCCGUGGCCGCGCCCGCGUCCUCGCCCGUGUCCGUUCACGGCAGGCUCCGGUCGCAGGGCACCGCCAUCGUCGACGAGUCUGGGCAGCCCGUACGCCUCCGGGGCAUGUCCUUCUAUUCAUUGGUCGCAGUGGGAGCACGGCAGGCAGUUCUACAACGGGGACGCCGUCCGCUGGCUGGUGAGCGACUGGGGCGUGCAGGUCGUCCGCGCCGCGAUGGGCAUCGAGGGCAGCGGCGGCUACCUGACGAGCCCGGGCCUGCAGAUUCGCCGCGUGGAGGCGAUCGUGGACGCCGCCGUGGAGCUGGGGGUGUACGUCAUCGUCGACUGGCACGACCACCGCGCCGAGGACCACGCGGAGGAGGCGGCGGCCUUCUUCGAGGCCGCCGCACGGCGGUACAAGGGCGUGCCGAACGUCCUGUUCGAGACCUACAACGAGCCCGAGCUGGAGCAGGACUGGGGCCGAGUGAUCAAGCCCUACCACGAGAGGAUGGUCGGCGUGAUCCGCGCCCACAACGACAACCUCAUCAUCAUGGGCUCGCGCUGCUGGUGCCAGUGCGUGGACGAGGCGGCCGAGGACCCAGUCGCCGGCGACAACCUGGCCUACUCCCUCCACUUCUACGCGGGCAGCGAGGCCCACCGCGAGAAUCUGCGCACCCGCGCCAGAACGGCGAUAGCACACGGGGUGGCUCUGUUCGCCACCGAGUGGGGCGUGUGCAGCCCCGUUGAGCAGGACGAGAAGGACUUCGAGGAGUCGCAGCGCUGGCUCACCUUUUUUGCAGAGAACGGCAUCUCCGACGUCAACUGGGCACUCUCCGACAAGGAGGAGGGCUGCGCCGCGCUCGUGCCCGGGGCGAGCCCCACGGGCGGCUGGGGCGCCCCCGAGCUCACCGAGGCCGGCGCCUUCAUCCGCAAGACGCUGCGGGCCUCCGCUGGCGUCGCUGACGGCUGCGAGAGCCUCUGCGGCCUGACCCGCACCGGCCACCUGGGCUGCUCGGAGCGCCACAGCGAGGGCUUCUGCGAGGGCAGCUACAGCGCGAUCGGCGAAGGGGAGUAUGCCGUCUGCACGUGGGCCGGCGGGCGAUGCCAGGAGGCGCAGCCGGCCCACGCUUGCGCGGACGUCGCCAGCGCCUGCAGCGCCCUGCCGCCCGCCCUCCUCGCGGCCGGCCCUGCGCUGGCCGCGCCGGCGCACGCCGCCAGCAAG